AUGGACGCUAUUUUUGCACUCCGCCAAUUGUGCGAGAAAUACAGACGUGCUCACAAGAACCUGCACAUGGUGUUCAUUGAUCUCGAGAAAGCCUAUGAUAGGGUGCCUCGUGAAGUGUUAUGGUGGGCAUUGAAAGAGAAAGGUUUGCCUGGGAAGUAUGUGGAGUUAGUCCGUGCUAUGUACAGGGGAUUCUGUACCUACGUCCGAUCGUCUGCCGGCACCACCGACCAGUUCAGUGUGGCUGGAGGUGUCAAGUAUUUCGAUGAGGACAAAAAAGUGGUGGUCACCUCCACAAUCGAAGCCGCCAAAGACCUGAAAGAACAACUUAUACAUCGAUUUGGCGAAAAAGCUAAAUCAAGGGUACGAACUAUGGCAUCCGUGCUAGCGAACGGGUUCAGCGAGAGCAUCAAAAUUUAA